GUGAUUUCAUGCAUCAUGGUUCUGUGCUGCAAAGACUGUGGUGAAGGUGUAAGUGAACCUGUGAAAUCCAAGAAAAAAGAAGCAUCUUUGAAAGCAAAAACUUCUACAAGUCGAGAAAAAGACGACAAAAUCGUCUUUUUUGCCGAUUGUAAUCAUCUUGCAUUUGAUCUUGAGGACCUUCUGAGAGCUUCUGCUGAGGUAUUUGGAAAGGGUGUUUUUGGUACAACAUAUAGAGCUGCUUUAGAUGAUGCAACCACUGUGGUAGUGAAGAGAUUGAAAGAUGUUGCUGUAGGGAAAAAGGAGUUUGAACAACACAUGGAAGUUGUAGGUAAAAUUAAGCAUGAAAAUGUGGAUCCAAUAAGAGCUUACUAUUAUUCAAAGAAUGAGAAACUGGUUCUUUCUGAUUAUUAUCAACAAGGCAGUGUUUCUUCCAUGUUGCAUGGCAAAAGAGGUGAAGGAAGCGGUUCUUCUCUAGACUGGGCUAGCCGAUUAAGGAUCGCGAUCGGUACAGCAAGAGGCAUUGCUCACAUCCAUGCUCAGCCAGGAAAUCUAGUACAUGGAAACAUAAAAGCCUCAAACAUUUUCCUCAACUCACAAGGAUAUGGUUGUGUAGCUGACAUAGGUUUAGCAACAUUGAUGAGAUCAGUACCUUUAGCAGACAGUAGAGUAACAGGAUACCGCGCGCCAGAAGUAACCGACACGCGUAAAGCAACGCAGUCGUCUGAUGUAUACAGUUUUGGUGUCGUGUUACUUGAGCUUCUAACUGGGAAGUCACCUUUAUAUGCUUCAGAUGGUGAACAAGUUGUUGACUUGGUUAGGUGGGUGAAAUCUGUUGUGAAAGAGGAAUGGACUGCAGAGGUUUUCGAUGUGGAGCUUUGGAAGUAUUCAAAUGUAGAAGAAGAAAUGGUGGGGAUGCUGCAUAUUGGGAUAACUUGUGCAGUAAAAAAGCCACAUCAGAGACCACAAAUGUCUGAAGUUGUGAAAAUGAUGGAAGGGAUUUGUCCUGAGAAAAGAUCAGAAGUUUCUACUCCAACUGUUUGUGCAACUUAAAUACUUUUCUAUUUCUUACUUAUGUUUCAGUGAGAUUAUUUCAAAUUGAUUUGUGGAGUUUUUGUAUUGGAAUCCACAAUCACUAUGGAACCCAAGUUUUAAGAACAUUUUUGAGUCAAAGUGUUUGUCUUGAGCUGCUGCAGACAUACACUAAUAAGUUUAAAAUAAUUGUUU